AUGGAAGCGGAUGCGCUCUCUGCCAACCGAGCCGCCAUUGCGCUGUUGCAAAGUUUGCAGCCCGAAAACCGCCAUGUCUUCCUGCAGCCGACGACGGAACUGUCCACUGAAUCGCUCAAUCUAGUGCGAGACACUUUAGAAGCCUUCGCCGUGCAGGUUGGCGAUGAGCAGCGGAGUCGACUAAAGGAAUCGAGAAAACGAAAGCGCGGCGGCGAAAAGGAAGAUGUUCUCAAGCUGCGGAAAAUCUACAUCGACGGCUUUCAGACAAACCAGGUCUGGCAGCAGGCCAAGAAGGUUAUCGGCGGUGUCUUACAAUUCUCAGAGACACUUCUAAGUGAGAUGGAAAAGAAGAGUGAGAUUCAUCUCGUCGAUGGUGACAUUACUGGAGAAGUUUCGGCAUCUAAGGCAGACGAGGAGGAGGACGGGAGCAACUUGGACACCGAAUCGUCCAAAGAGGACGAAGAUGCUGGGGAACUUGACUCUGGCGUGGAGCUCGAGGAGCCAGAACUUGCCGAAGGUGCCGACCAGCUCUCUGACAUUGACGAGGAGCCUCUCAGCAUUCAGUUGGAGGAGGAAGAUGAGGAGGAUGCCGAAGAAUCUGGCGUCGACGACGAUUGCGAACCCUUUGUGGAAGACCCCGAUGGCCUCAAUGACGGCUUUUUCUCUCUGGACGAUUUUAACAAGCAGACACAAUGGUUCGAAGAGCAAGAUAUUCGCGGCGAUCCGAAUACCGACAUGGCCAGCGAUGAUGAGGAAGUAGACUGGAAUGCGGACCCCAACGCUGUAUCCCAAAAGUCGAAGGUCUCAAAGAGCAAACGGUCGAAAAAGAAUACAGAUGUUGACGACAUGGCUGACGAGAAGGAUGAAGAGGAUGACGAUGACGGUCCUACAUUCGGCGACAUGGCUUUGGACGCACCAGAAGGCGAUAGUGACGACGAAGCCGCUGCUUUCGAAGAUGGCUUCGAUGAUGUCGAGAAUAACGCCAACGACGUAUUUUACAAGGACUUCUUCGCGCCGCCACCGCGCAAAAGAGAUCCGAAAAAGUCAAGAAAGUCAGCCCCGAAGGCUCGAGAGCCAACCGAACAAGAUAUGGAGCGGGCCAUGGCCGAUGUUCGCCGAGACCUUUUCGAAGACGAAUCAGACAUGGACAACACCGAGGAUGCCCUUUCAGAUGCCUCCGCCGGCGACCCAAAGUCUCGUCGAUCAGCACAUGAGCGCAGACAAGCGAAGCUGGCCGAAGAGAUUCGAAAACUUGAAGCCGCCUCCGUAGCUAAGCGCGAAUGGACUUUGUCCGGCGAAGCCAAGGCUCCGGAGCGCCCAACCAAUUCGCUUCUCGAGCACGAUCUCGACUUUGAAUACGUUGGCAAGCCAGUACCCGUCAUCACACCCGAAGUUAGCGAGAGCAUAGAGGAGCUCAUCAAGCGCCGAAUCCUCUCAGAAGAAUUCGACGAAGUUCUCAAGCGCCGCCUUGAGACCGAGACCCUACCCGCCGGAACGCGUCGCGGCCUCGUCGACGUUAAGGACAGCAAAUCAGACAAGAGCCUCGCCCAGAUCUACGAAGAAGAGCACAUAAAGAAUGCUGACCCUGACAACUACGUCAGCCAGUCCGAUGAGAAGCUACAGCGCGAGGAGAAGGAGGUAGAAAGUAUGUGGAAGGACGUCUCCGCCAAGCUCGACGCCCUCAGCAGCUGGCAUUACAAGCCCAAGCCGACGGCGGUCUCGCUCUCGGUUGUGGCCGAUGUGGCCACCAUUGCUAUGGAGGACGCGCAGCCAGCGACGGCGCAGGGCGUGGCCGGUGAGAGCAGCCGCAUGGCACCACAGGAGGUUUACAAGGCUGGUGCCGAUACAGCCGGCAAGGGCGAGUUGGUAUCCAAGAGCGGCCUGCCCGUAGCUCGGCAGGAGAUGUCGCGCGAGGAUAAGGCGCGUCGCCGUCGGCAGCACAAGGAGCGCGUGCGCAAGGCCGGCAACGGCGGCGCGUCAGGCGGCUCGCGUGCGGGCGCGAGUAAAAAGGCCCAGACCAUUGCCGACCUCAAAAAGGGCGGCGUCAGGGUCAUCAACCGCAAAGGCGAGAUCACGGACGUCGACGGCAACAGGAUCAAGGCCGCCAAGGCCAUGUCCAGUGGCAGUUUCAAGCUCUAA